AUGCCUAAUACUCUUGAUUAUGUUUAUGAUGAAAUGAGACAACACAUCAGAUUAAUGUUUACAAAUAAUCAUUUAAUACCUUUUCCCGCGAAACCAACUACUAAGAUCAGAUGUUUAAUUGUUGAGUCUGAUUGGGAAAGGCUUUCAAUCGAUCGAGCUACAGAACUUCAGCCUAGAAAAUCUCCUAAUAAAUUUAGUGACACACCUUCUGUUACUAUUGAUAAUGAUAGUUUUAAUGCUAAUCAUAAAAGUCCUUUAACAUCUGCUCAUGUUAAAGAAAAGCUUAUAGUUCCUGAAACAGAUAUGCUAAAUGAAGAUCAUAUUUGUACAUUUGGAGAAUUGUUGAGGAGAGAAUCAAGUUCAACUUUUAAUAUGCAAAGCACUUUGUAUUUAUACACGCUUCAUCUCAAUAAUGGGUGCUUAAAUGAGGACCAAAAAAAUUAUUUAAUCAAAUUAUAUCCUUUCAAACCACCAGUAGUUUUUGCAGCUGUCCAUCAACAACGGGUAGGUAGUGUGGACUGUGGAGUUUUUGCAAUAGCGUAUGCAACAUCUUUAUAUUUUAAUACGAUGCCUAAUACUCUUGAUUAUGUUUAUGAUGAAAUGAGACAACACAUCAGAUUAAUGUUUACAAAUAAUCAUUUAAUACCGUUUCCCGCGAAACCAACUACUAAGAUCAGAUGUUUAAUUGUUGAGUCUGAUUGGGAUAGGCUUUUAAUCGAUCGAGCUGCAGAACUUCAGCCUAGAAUUAAUAAUACAAACGAGCAGCAUUUUUCGGCAACAUCAGACAUUGAUUAUGCUCAUGAUGUGUUAACAACAUUUCAAUUUAAAAUAAAUGAUGAAAGGCAAGUAAUAAAUCGAGAAAAGGAACAUUUAAAGCGUAAAUCACUUGUUACGAAUGCUAACUGUCUAAACAAAAAAAUAUAUUAUGAUCAUUCUUUGAAUGUGAAUAAAGAAAGUGAAAGAGAUUUAAUGUUAGAUAGUAAUAAUUGCAAUCCUCAACACCAGUUGUCUUUUACAUCUGAUAAAUUGUCAUCCAUUGAUAUAAAUACUGUUCAUUUGCAAGAAAGUCAAAAAAAUAAUAUGACUCAUAAAGCUGUUUGUUCUGAACAUUAUCUUGGUAAAAUGAAUCAUUUAUGUCAGCAUUGUGAGGCCAAACAUUUUAAAGAUGAGCAAAUUCAGGGUAAGAAAAAUUCUUAUAAUGACUGUUGUAGUCAUGGUGGUGUAAACUUGCAAUCAAAAGACUAUCCACAUGAAUUAAGAAUAUUGUUAGAUGGUUCACAUCCUAAAUCUGUUCACUUUAUAAAGCAUAUAAGAUGUUAUAAUAGUUCUUUUGCUUUUGCUUCAUUUCAUGCAAAUAUUGUUGACUUUAAUAGUAGAAGACGAGGUCCAUAUUGCUUUAAAAUUCAAGGUCAAAUAUAUUAUCAAAUAAAUAAUGCAUUAUAUCCAGAGACUGGAGUUGAUCCAAAUUUUGGUCAGUUGUUUAUUUAUGAUGCUGAUGAUGCAGUUCAGUAUAGGUUGAAUUACAAUGAUAACUUAGAUUCAGAAAUUCUAUAUAGUAUAGAAAGUGUUAUGAGAACACAUAAUGCUUUUACCAAAUCUUUUAAAAUGAUGAAAGAAGUUAUUGAUAUUGAAACAGAGCUAGCUAGAGCAUCUAAUCAAAAAGUUCCUGAACUAAAAUUAUUAUUUACUUUAAAAAAAGGGAUGGAUCGAAGAAGAUAUAAUUUUCAGAGAGUGGAUGAAGUAGCGGCUAUUUUUAAUACUAAUUCAGAAGGAGAAGUGCCAGAGUCUUAUGUAACAGUUCAUAACAAAGCAACUAAAGAAUUACAAUUAGUAAGUAGUUUAGAUCCUAAUGUUGAACCUUGGAUUUAUCCAAUUUAUUAUCCAUAUGGAGUUGAAGGUUAUAAUAUUAAUAUGAUUCGUAGUGAUAGUCACCAAAGACGAAAGAAAGUGAGAAUUUCAAGAGCUGCUUUUAUUAAAUAUAAAAUAGCAAUAAGAGAUAAGGAGUUCAAUCCGUUCUUACAUGGUGGCAGAUUAUUUCAACAAUGGUUAGUUGAUAAUGCUGUUAAAAAUGAAAAAGAUAAACUUUCUUUUUGUGCAAAUAAUCAAUCUCAAUUGAGAUGUGAAAGUUAUAAAGGAUUAAUUGAUCACAUGCAAAAUGUUUCCAAUGAAAAUGAAAUGCAUAUUGGAAAAAUGGUUAUUUUACCAUCUACAUUUAUUGGGUCCCCUCGUAAUAUGAUGCAACAAUAUCAAGAUGCUAUGGCUAUUGUUCGAAAUCACGGUAAACCUGACUUGUUUAUUACAAUGACAUGUAAUCCACAAUGGACAGAAAUACAAGAAAAUUUGUUACCAAAUCAAACAGCAUCUGAUAGACCUGAUAUUGUAGCAAGAGUGUUUUCUUCAAAAGUGAACCAUUUAAUUGAAAUUAUUGUUCGUCAAAGGUUGUUUGGAGAUGUUAAAUCUUUUGUUUAUGUAAUAGAGUUUCAAAAAAGAGGAUUACCGCAUAUUCAUAUGCUGGUUAUAUUGAAAGAAAAUUCUAAAAUUUUAUCACCAGAAAGUGUUGAUCAUUUUAUUUCAGCAGAAAUCCCAGACGAGAAUAUUAAUUCCACAUUGCAUAAAAUAAUAAUGCAAAAUAAUAUUCAUGGACCUUGUGGAGAUUGGUGUUUAGUUGAUGGUAAAUGUUCGAAACACUUUCCUAAAGAUUUUCAAGAUGACACAAUAAUGGGAGAUAAUUCCUAUGUAUUAUACCGUAGAAGGGAUACAGGCAAGACAUAUGAAAGACCAAAUGGAUAUAUUGUUGAUAAUAGACAUGUUGUUCCCUAUUGUCCAGUGCUUUCACAAAUAUUUAAUUGUCAUAUUAACGUCGAAAUUGUUUCAAGUAUUAAGUCUGUUAAAUAUUUAUAUAAGUAUAUUUAUAAAGGUCAUGAUGCAGCUUCUAUUAUUAUUACAAAUGUUGAUGGACAAAAUAGUAUCGAUUACAACGAGAUACGUCAUUAUGAAGAAAACAGAUAUGUCGGUCCAGUUGAAGCAGUAUGGAGAAUUCUUAGUAAACCUUUAGCAAAAAAGAGUCACAGCGUUAAUCGGUUACCUAUACAUUUACCAAAUGAGCAGAAUGUAAUUAUUCGUGAAGGACAAGAAAAUCGUGAGAUUUCCUUUCUUUUAGAAAAGAAAACAAAACUGUUAGAUUAUUUUGAUUUGAAUAAACGCGAUAGCAAUGCUCAUCGGUAUUAUUAUUCAGAAAUUCCCGAACAUUACACAUGGAUAAGUGAUUCUCUUGAAUGGCGACCAAGAAAGCGUUUUGACAAUAUAAUAGGGAGAAUAUAUUCUGUUAGUCCAAGUCAAAUAGAAUUAUUUCAUUUGAGAUUGUUGUUGCUUACAACAAAAGGUGCUACUUCAUUUAAAGAUUUAAAAUCAGUUGAUGGAGUAAUACAUGAAACAUUCACUUCUGCUUGUUUAGCAUUAGGCUUAAUAGAAGACGAUCAUGAGUGGGUUAGAACAAUUGAAGAAGCUGCAGUAUGGAUGAUGCCUCAGUUACUUCGUCGAUUAUUUGUUAGAAUUUUAAUACAUUGUAAUCCUGUUGAACCCAAUGAAUUGUGGGAACGAUUUAAAGGUAUUAUGUCAGAAGAUUAUCGAGGAAUUGAGAGUGUUGAAGCAGAAAAUAAAGCUUACAGAGAUAUUAAAACAUUAUUGAGUAAUGAAGGAUAUCGAUUAACAGAUUUUCAAGGAUUGUUAGAUAUAGAAGAUGAACAGAAUAUUUCAGAAAAAAAUAAUGAUUAUAAUGUUCAAAGACACAUUAUUUUAGGAAAUGAGAAAUACAUGCAAUUAAAUGUAAAGCAAAAAAUUGUUGUUGAUUAUGUACUAAAAUCAGUGCAUGAUUCUGUUACAAGUAAUUGUAGGUGUAUAUAUGUUGAUGGUCCAGGUGGUUCUGGAAAAACUUUUUUAUAUAAUACUUUGUGGCAUUUAUUAAGAAGUAGAGGAAAAAAUGUUUGUAACAUGGCAUUUACAGGAAUUGCUGCAACUUUAUUACCUAAUGGUAAAACUGUUCAUAAAAUAUUAGGUUUACCUGUUCCUCUGUAUAGUGAUUCAUCUUCAAGUAUUAAAGUGCAAUCAAAAGAAGGAACCUUUUUAAAAGGUACUGAUGUAUUCAUUUGGGAUGAAGCACCAAUGGCUCCAAAAUAUGCUUUAGAAAUUAUGGAUAGAUUAUUAAGAGAUGUUAUGAAAUCAAAUGAACCUUUUGGUGGAAAGGUAUUGAUUUUGGGUGGAGAUUUCCGACAAACAUUACCAAUAAAAGAACGAGGCACAAGAUCAGAAAUUGUUAAUUUAUCAAUAAAAAACAGUAAAGUUUGGAAGCAUUUUAAAAAAUUCAAUUUAUCAGAAAAUAUGAGAGUUUUGCCCGAAGAAACUGCAUUUACAGAUUUUUUAUUAAAGGUUGGAAAUGGUGAAUUAAAUGAUAUAAAUGAUAAUAUUGAAUUGCCGGAAAAAAUAAUUCAAGAAGGAAAUGUAGAUAUUGUUGACGAUGUGUAUGGUGAUUUAAUACGGGAAAAUAGGUAUCAAGAAAUAGCAAAGUGUGCAAUUUUAGCACCAAGAAAUGUUGACGUUGAUGAAAUUAAUAAAAGAGUUGUGCAAUUGUUGAAAAGUGAUAAAGAAAAAAUUUAUAAAAGUAUUGACUCCACUGAAAAUUGUGACAAUGGUGAUUUUAAUGACGUGAUAUUACCUGAAUAUUUAAAUGGUCUAUCACCACCGGUUUUACCACCUCAUGAAUUACAUUUAAGGAUUCAUAGCGUGGUGAUGCUCAUAAGAAAUCUUAGUAUCAAUGAGGGUUUAUGUAAUGGAACAAGAUUAUUAAUCUUAGAUUUAUUAAAUAACUUAAAGGCUAAAGCAGAAUAG